GGCGACCCCACCUCCACUCCAACAACCACCAUGGACACUUCCGAGCCCAGCACAGCAAGGGGGGAGGAGGAGGAUGAGGGAAAUGCUAGUAAGGGUGCUGAGGCGGGGGGAGACACCCCGGAAUCCCUAGAUGCAUGCAGCCAGGAGCUCUUCUCGAGCCAGGAGGAAGGUAGCCAGUCAUGGCGGCCGGUGCUUGGGGAAGGACAAACACCAGAGGAGGUUUCUGGUGCAACCUUGAGAUCUCAGCCGCUGGUGUUAUCACUGGCCGACAGACUGAGAGCACUCAGGAAGAGGUCCCGUAAAAGCAAAGAAGACAUGCUGCAGGAAGUGAUGCAGCAGUCUGUGGAAGAGAAUCGAAAGGCACAGAAGUGGAGGGAGAGUGAAAGGAGGAUCCGCCAGAAGAAUGAGGAUUGCCAGCAGCAAAACGCGGUGCUCUGGCAGCAAAGCACGGAUUGGCUGAUCAGCAUAAUGGAGCGCCAAGCGGACUCUAUCCAGGCGCUCGUCACCAUGCAGGCAGAGCACAACUACGCUCGCCGCCCCCUGCAGCCCUUGUCCCAAAACUCUUUCCCUUGUGCCCCCAUGUCCCCUCCAACUCACUUUGCCCCACAUCUGGGUUCUUACUGCUCCCAGCUGCCUCCUACACCCCUAGCUUCACCAUCCACCCAUGAAAACUACGACCCUUAUCCACUGCACUCAACCCCCCGCAGCAGGCCUUACAGCCAUCCUGAAGUGCAGCACUCAGUGCACAGCACUCCAGACAGGAUUCCAGAGUAUGAAAUCAGGACAUAUUCAAGUCUGUGGGUGAACCGGUCCCCACCCUACCCCCUUGCCAUUGUGGUAUUGCUGUGUUACUUUGUUUUUAUUUCAAGAAAUGAAUUUUCUUUUCAAUAAAUGGAGUUUUUCACUUUGAAAACAUACUUUAUUAGUGCAUAAAGCAAAAUAUACUUUAGCCCAGGAAAGCAACAAGCACUACAAUUCAGUGUACAAAACACAGCCACUGCACUUAACUCCCGUGCAGAGCAAC